AUGGAGCCAAUAAAAAUAUGCGCGCCAAUCACAAUCGGUUAUUCAGCUGGUGCAUUUUUGAAGAGCACUUUCAGUGUUCAAUUGUCAAAUGGCAUGUCGUCAACCAAGUCGACCCAAGAUGAUCCGCCAACGAAGUCAAGUUUAGAGGAGAACCCGUCCGGGGAAGAGGCAGCGGCCACCUCGGCCAUGUUCGUGUUUACGGCGGACAAGGCGGGUAUGAAGGGCGUGGAUAAGCAGCAUGUGCAGGAGGUAGUGCACAAGAUGUCCAAGGACUCUUCCUUCUACCAGAAAUCUCUGCGUGAUAACGCCAAAGUAGAGCAACGCGUAGCAGCCAUGCGCGAGAAACUCGGAUGCUUAACAAACGGACAGCUACAGCGUCUGCAGCAGGAGGCUGACACCCGAGUGGCGCAGAUGGAGGCGACACGAGACCUCUCGCGCACUAUUGUCGUCGUGGAUAUGGACAUGUUCUACGCUGCUGUCGAGAUGCGGGACGAUCCAAAGCUGCGUGACGUGCCACUUGCAGUCGGUGGCCUUGGUAUGAUCAGCACAACCAACUACGCAGCUAGACAGUAUGGCGUACGUGCUGCUAUGCCAGGUUUUAUUGGCAAGGAAUUGUGUCCAGACCUCCAUUUUGUGCCAGUGAACAUGAAAAAAUACGCCGGUGUGGCUGCUCAGAUCCGUGCUGUGUUUGCAGAGUAUGACCCGGACUUUGAGGCCUUCAGUCUGGACGAAGCAUGUCUUGAUAUCACGGACUAUAUAGCGACGAACUGGCAAAAGUAUAUUUCAGACGCAGAGAAUGAAAGCAAGAGUAAGGAGAGCGACGAGGAAGAAUGGGCCUCGACGGCUACAGCUCGAGCAGCAAUUGCGGCCGCUGUGGUUCGAGAGCUGCGUAAUAAGAUUUUUGACUGUACACAGCUAACUGCAAGUGCUGGAAUUGCAGUGAACGCUAUGCUCGCCAAGAUCUGCUCGGACAUGAACAAACCGAAUGGGCAGUAUGUAUUGCCGUUCACACGCGAGCGCGUGAUGACUUUUAUUCGAGAGCUACCUGUGCGCAAGAUCGGUGGAAUCGGUAAAGUCAUGGAAAAGACUUUAAACGAAGCGCUCAAUGUACAUACUGGAGGGGAUCUAUUGGCUCAACGGGGAAAGGUUUUUCACUUGUUUUCGGAGAAGACCGCAGUUUGGUUACUCCAGACUUCGCUGGGGGUACGAGAACGUCAAGAAAAGCAAGAGCGGAAGAGUUUCAGCAGAGAGCGCACGUUUGGGAAGUUGAGUGAUCCGAAGCAACUUGAAGCCAAGUGUUUGGAGAUAUGCAAGAUGCUGGCGAAAGACCUCGAGAAGGCGAAUAAGGCUGCCAAGAACGUGACGUUUGUAUACAAGGACAUUGAUUUUGCUCGCUGUUCAAGGUCACUGUCGCUUGCAUCUGCAAUCUUCACAGCAGAUGAUCUCUACUCGAACGCUGUAGAGCUGCUACGACGUGAAUUGCCACUCACGUUGCGUCUUAUGGGCGUCCGUGCGGCGUCAUUGGUCUCUCGUCCUAAAAGUUUGACCUCGUCGGACAAUUCCUCUCAACCAGACAUUGCUCCAGUAAGCAACAAGCGGCAAAUAGCCAUCAAAAAAUUUGCCGAGCGUAUGACCGACCCUGUUGCUGCAUUAGGAUCAGACACAUCACUGGGAAGUCUUGACGAAAACAGCGAACGAAAGAUAAUUAAGCACAAAGGCGCAAUUGCAAGAUUUCUGGAACACAACGAUAUGGAAACAUCGUCUCAGCAAAAGAAGCCAAAGAAAAAUGAUAUUUCCCUUAGUCGCGCUCCUGGUGUGAAGUCGACGAGUCUUCCCAAGAUUGACAACAAGCCAUGUCCAAUUUGCGGGAAGCUGUUGAAUGCACGGAACAACAUGGAGGUGAACGCUCACAUGGACGCGUGCAUUGAUAGAAAGCCGUCUUCAUCAUCGUCACCAUUGCGGCAUGCAACACGGAACAGUCAUCAGAAGAUCGCUAUUCCCCGAGCAUUCGCAAGUGUCCGAAAUACCAUGACGAGAUCUGAUGCAGACUCAAAGCCGUGUCCUAUCUGUGGUAAGCUGCUGAAUGCCCGCAACAACAUGGAGGUGAACGCGCACAUGGAUGCUUGUGUAACCAGAGAUCGAUCACCAUCGAAGAAAACGAUAGGCAAGAAGAGAGACGCGCAAGACAUGUCUAGAAUCGAUAUCUUUUUCCAAAAAAAAACACAAUAA